AUGCAUUAGCAGGAUAAAUAAUUCAAGACUGUGAAAGUGAAAUCUAACUUUCAUCAGUUUCAAUUAUUACCCAAUCGUUAAAUCAAUAGAUAUAAAAUUGAAUUAACUAAUUAUUCUGACAUUAAUGCUCAAAAUGCAAUCACAACCUAUAGAUAAAAAUUGACAGAAAGUUUGAUUACAUUUUAUUGCAUAAAUUUCAAUAUUUAUUCUCCUGUCAAAAUUGCAACGUAAGUAUUAGGAGGGUUGAAUGAAGGCAAUGAAGUUUAAAAUGUAGUAACAUUAAAGUAUAUUGAAUCUAUUGAUAAUGGAACUAAGCUCCAAUAAAUAUUAGCAAAAAUUGUAAAGCAAAUCAUUAGCACACAAUAAGGGAUGGUGCAGAUUGGCAGAGACAAAUUAUUUUGGCCAAAAAAGUCUCAUUCGUUUCAUGAACAUAAAUUUGAGAUUUGGGAAGGAGUGCAAAUAGUGCAAAAGCAAUUCGGAGUUGUAAUUGAUUGUGCGUAUAAAAUAUUGAGAUAAAAUACUUUGCUUGAUGAUCUAUUGAUUACAAAGGAAGUGGAUCGUUACGAUGGAAUGAUAGUGAUGACCAAAUACAAUUAGAAAUUUUAUAAGGUUGAUCUCAUUGAAACUGGAAUGUCUCCUAAAGAUCUAUUUAUCACAGAGAAUGGAUAAGAAACGACUUUCAAAGAGUACUAUAAACAGAGAUAUAAUAUAAAAUUAACAGAUAAACAGCCCUUAAUUAAAACUAUGUUGAAAAUCAAAGGUAAAUAAGAAGAGAAGGUUAUCUAUCUGAUUCCAGAAUUGUGUUAAUUGACUGGUUUGAAUGAUACUGUUAAGAAUAAUUUCUCAGUGAUGAGGGAAGUAGCCAAAAUAACAAAGCCAAAUGCAUAUGACAGAAUUGAUUUAUCAGAGAAAUUUGCUAAAUAAAUAAAUUCGACUGUCAAGAAAGGGACCGAUGCCAAUCUAUUAGAUACAUGGGGUUUGAAAUUGAAUAAUGUAUCUAUGAAUGUUGAAGCUAAAACAGUUCUUCCAGGAACAUUAAUGAUGGGUAAUGAUCAUAUUGAUUUGUCCUCAUAAAAUCUGAACUUAGAUUAGCAGACUCAAAAGAAGAUGUAUCAAAUGCCAGAUAAAAAGUUAGUAUGGGUGCUUAUCCACCAUUACAAAGAAAAAGGACAGGAAGCAAAAAAACUGCUGUUAGAAAAUAUCAAACUAGCCAUAUCUGAAUAUUAAUUUUAUGGGUUUUACUCUUAGCCAAUGAUCAAAUAACUAUAGGAAGAGAGAGAAAAGGCAUUAAUACAAUUAUGCGAUGAAAUAAAGUAGGAAUGUGAAUAAAAAUAGCAAAACAUAGAAUUCAUAAUCUUUUUAUUGCCAGGGUAGAAGAAGAAUAGUCGUCUAUAUAGAUGUGCCAAAUUUAUAUCCUUAUAAAAGAUUGCUUGUCCAAGUUAGGUUGUCUUAGAAGACACUUUAACUAAAAACACUCGUUCUAUAGUUAAUAAAAUAAUGGUUUAAAUUUGUGCCAAAUUAGGAGGAGUUCCAUGGGCAAUUGAUAAAUUACCUAAACUAUUUUAAUAAUAGCAUACAAUGAUAUGCGCAGCUGAAUGUUACGAUAGAAUACAUCAAAUUAAACAUUUGGCCUUUUGUUCCACAGUUGAUAAAAAUAUGACCAAAUAUCAUAGUCAAAUAUUAAAAGGGGCUGAUUACAAAGGAGACAAUUUAAAGAAGUGUUUAAUCGCUGCCAUGUAAGUUUACAAAGAAAAAAAUACUGCUUUUCCACAAAUAGUAAUUAUUUACAGGGAUGGUGUCUCAGAUGGACAAAUCCCUGUGGUUCUUGGAGAUGAAUUUCCUCAAUAUGAUUAGGCAAUCAAAUAGAUAAAUCCUUAAACUAAAUUAAUACUUGUUGUCUGCAAUAAAAGAGUAGCAGGAAAGUUCUAUCAAGCUGGACAUAGACCUGAUAAUCCUGCAUCUGGAACAAUUGUAGAUAGCAAGGAGAUUUGUGAAGGACAAUAACCGAACUUUUAUUUGAUCUCUUAGAUUACCAGAUAAGGAACUUCAUAGCCUACUCUUUACAAGAUAUUACAUUCAGAUUUACCUAAUAUCGAAGAUGAUAUCAAGGUUCUUACUUAUAAAUUAUGUUGGUUGUAUUAUAACUUUGCUGGUCCAAUAAAGAUACCUGCUCCUGUUAGAUAUGCGCAUUGUUUAUGUGAAUUUAUUGGGUCCAGAUACUAAAGAAAUGAUAAGGAUCCCUUCAUUCCUGUUGAGGAAUUAGUUAAAAAAGGAGUAUUAUUUUACAUUUGA